ACAUUAAAAGCCAGCAGGUUCACGUGCCCUGUUGUUGCCGUAGGAACCACGGAGUGGUUCCGUAAACAGAUGUGGUUGAUGAAUGAGAUCUUUUCCUCCGUUGACUUCAAAGACAGUUGGUCAAUGCGAUAUAUUGCCUUUGAGACCGAGGUUUGGGUCAAAUAUGUUGAUCGGUCAGAGAAACAGAACGCAGUGUCGAGAAUUCACUGGACCCACCCCUCAUUCAGUGGCAGUGAGAGCACGCUAUCCCUCAUCCAGGCCUUCUGAUUACCUUAUUCUGGAACGGCGGAAACAGGAGGCUGCUCGGAACAAUGUGUUGGCGUUUACUAAGGACCAAAGCGCCUGUGAUUUCAGAAUGCUCUGGGAAAGAAAUACUGAACGGCAGAUGGUAUCGGCCACUAUUGACAGGCGUGUGCAGGAGGCCAUGGAACAAUACCAAAUAAGCAUUGAUGAAAGGAGAGACAGGCUGCGUGAGAUGCUGGAAAAUGAGGAGAGAGAAUAUCUGAGAGAAAUGAAAGCGAGCAAAGAGACUGUGCUUGAGAAGCAAGCUAAAAUGCGUGAGAGAGCAAAGUAUCUUCUAGAGAAAAGGGAGAUGGAGAGACAGAAAUUUGUUGCUGACAAGCUUGAUCAGCUAUUCAGCGAGCGGAGUGAAGAGCUGCGUGCUUUGCAGAUGCACCGCAGACAGGGCGAGGUCUGUGCGGAGCGUGCUACACAGAUCCGUACACAGGAGGAGACAUCUCGCCUGCGACGGGAAGAAGAGCUGCUGUUUGCCCAGCUGUGGGAGAAUGAUCGACUGGCCAAAGAGGAGCGCAAUAACCAUGAGGUCCAGCGGCAACAAGAAAGCAACCUUCAGCAGCUGGCUUUCCUGCGAGCUCAGAUGGAGGCAGUGAAGCAACAGCGGCUGCAGGCCAAGCAUCUUAAAGAGGAAGAGGCUCAGCUACUGUGUGAGCAGAGGGAAGCACUGCGUCUGGAGGAACAGCGUGAGCACAGGCACAAGCUGCUGAGUCAGGAGAGCCGCCGCAGGCAGCUGGACCGCUCGCUGAGGCUGAAGAUGAAGCGUGUGGUGCGGGAGCAGCAGGAAGAGCUGGCCCUGGACAUGAGCAUCCUGGAGAAGCUGCUGGCACAAGAGAAUGAUGAGAAAAAGGGGGAGACACUCAGGAAGCUGGAACUACGGGAGGAGCAGCGGAAGUAUCGUCAGUACCUGGCGGAGCAGCUGGAGGAGCAGAAGCGUCAGGAAGCGGAGACUGAGCAGGUGAUUGAGGCUGAGCUCCAGAAGACCUGGGCCCACAGGGCAGAGCAGUGGCGACUGGAGAAAGAAGCCAGAGAUGGACUCAUGAAAGAUGUGCUGCAGACCCUGCAUUUACAGAUCCAGCAAAAGUUGCAAUGGAAUAAUCAGAAACAGGCUGAACUUGCUAAAGAAAGAGAUGAGCUGAACAGUAAACUCCAGCAAAACAAACUGUUGGAUGAACAAGAAAAGACCCGUGUCAGGGAUGCCCGUCAGGAAUACCAAGCUGACUUGUUGUCUCAGAUUUUGCAUCAGCAGCAUCUGCGUGAGGCAGAACAGGCUGAGAAGGAGAAGGAGUUCCAGAUGGGCCUGCUCUACCAAGAGAAGUACAAUCAGAAGAUGCAGGACAUCCUAUCCAGGCCUGUCGCCAAUAGCACUGCAGUUCACCCCUUCAGGAGAAGGGAUCGACCAACCUCACGUUAAACGUAUCAAGAUGGUAUGUUUAUUUCUAACAAUAUUGUAAUUGCUCUAAAAAGCGAAAAAUGAAUAAAGUA